AUGGAGACUCCAAUUACCGUGGGCGUGAUUGGUGCGACAGGUAACACAGGCCGGUCUGUGGUAGGCGGUUUACUUUCCUCACCGAUAAACCAAGCCAACAACACCCUCAAAGCAAAAGGUGUCCAAAUUGUUGGCUACGACUUGGACGGUCCUCGGCAGGUUCUGGUAGAGCAGUUAAAAAGUAUCGAAGUCCUCAUCUCAUGUAUUACCUGGGAACAUUUGGAUUCUCAGGUUCCAUGGAUUGACGCCGCCAAAGAAGCAGGUGUGAAGCGAUUCGUGCCUUCGGAAUGGGUGGGACCGGCACCCAGAGGGAUUAUUGACAUCAAAGACAAGAAGCUCGACAUUCUGGGCGUAAUUCAACGGGUGGGUCUACCGUACACUCUCAUCGACGUUGGAUGUUGGUUUCAGGUCUGGGUCCCCAAGAUUCCGUCUGGUCAGUCGGACCACGCCCAUUCGAUUUAUAUCGACCACCGGAUCGUUGGUCAUGGUAAUCAGAAGUUUGGGUUGACGGAUAUGGGAGAUAUUGGCAAAUAUGUCGCGCAGAUUAUAUCGGAUGAGCGGACUUCGAAUAGACGUGUAUUUGCGUAUACCGAAGUUCUGAGUAUGAACGAAAUUUGGGACACAAUGGCAACGGUCAGCGGGGAGACUCCCCUAAAAGAGUUUUUGUCGGAAUCAGAGAUCAGAGACAUAAUCAAACGGUGUGGGAAGAGGUGGCAGGAGAAUGGGCAGAAAGUCGAUAUCAUGGACGUUGCCAAUUACAAUAUGGGCUAA